AUGGCAAACUACGCAAACUUCGCUUCCCAUGUCGGGCUCCGCGUCAACUACAGCUUGUACGCUGUGCCCGUAGCAUGGACCGUCGCAAUGGCACCCCUCUGGUGGGCUGUCGCCGCCGCCGGGUCCGUCAACCCCAACGCGUACGAUCAAUCUGAGCCAGCCGAGUCAUGGGCCAGCCUCGAGAAGAGCGGCGCCAGCCCUCAGCUCGCUAAGCGCAUCCGCCGCGCCGUAGCUGCCAACAACAACGGUCUCACCAAUCUCUCCAUCUUCGCCUCGUGCUUGGUCGCCGCCAACUUCGCCAAGGUCCCCGUCCGAUUCCUUCACAUCUGCGCCGGCACCUACUUGACCUCUCGAUCGCUCUACAACCUCGCCUACAUGUUCAUUGAGGACCCCAAGGUCGCAUACGCCCGCACUCUCUGCUUCUUCGGCGGUGUCGGUUCAUGCUUCGCCCUGGUCAUCAAGGCUGCCGAGCAGAUCCGCAACUCGCCUUACUAA